AUGGAGUUCCAAAACCACUCGCUGUCGUUUCUUUUCCUCAUUGGAUUCGUCCUAUCACUCGUUCACUGGAUUUACCACAGACUUUUCUCUCGACACUCUCUCCCGCCAAACCUCCCAUGGGCUGGCACUCGAAACCGUGGCGCCUCCUCUCGAGCUCGGUCUACACUUCGCAGUUUAUUUGACACCCGGGGUCUUCUCAAGGAAUCUUACACAAAGUACUCCAAGAAUGGAGUGACCUAUGUUCUACCAAAUGUGCUCACGGGUCCAGAAGUCAUCCUCCCACAAAGUUUGAUGGAUUGGCUCUUGCACCAGCCUGAUAGCGUUCUUGACCAGGGCGAAGUCAACCGCGAUUUCCUCCAAGCCGAUUUCACCAUGCUUCAUAAAAAAGUCGUCACCGACACGGUCCAUAAAGAUGUAAUCCAGAAAGAACUCACGCGAAGACUUGGGGAUUUUACCGCCGACGUCAACGAGGAAAUUGAUUUCGCGUUCAGGAAGGCAUGGGGCGUAAAUACCAAGGACUGGACCACCGUCACAGCGUACGACUCCAUGUCGGAGGUAAUUACCAGAAUAUCCAAUCGUGUUCUUGUUGGCCUACCACUAUGUCGGAAUGAGGAUUAUCUCCACUAUUCUUCGACGUUUGCUCGCUUUGUUGUGCUUGAAAUUGUGGCGCCUCUUGUAACACUGAAAGACUAUUGUCGCUACCUUGCCAUGACCAAGCACAUAUUACCAGUUUGGAAAUGCAGGACAUCAGAAUCCGCUCUGGAUAACAAGCCAAAGAACGACUACGUUCAGUGGUGUCUUAACCAUGCCGACGACGAACGAGACCCCGAGGAACGAGGAAGUGACAUGAUUACUAAACGCCUCGCUGCUAUAAGCUUUGCCGCCAUUCAAUCCUCAGUAAUUACCUCCUGCAAUUUGCUAUUGGAUCUCGCAGCUUUCGAUAAGACCGAAGCCCUUCUCGAGAACAUCCGACGAGACAUUGCUGCGGAACUCGGAGUUGGACAUCGCACAUGGAACAAGACCUCUCUAUCGCGCAUUGUUCUUCUCGACAGCACUAUCCGCGAGAGUAUGCGGUUGGGUGGUUUUGUCAGCCGAGGAGUUCUGAAAACAGUUGUCGCAAAAGACGGUGUGAAGCUACCAGGACUAUCUGGAGUCCGUCUUCCUUAUGGAUCCAAGGUCGGAAUUCACGCUUUUCCCGUUCAUUAUGAUGAAGAUAUAUAUCCUGAGGCUCAAAGCUUCAAUCCAACGCGAUUUUGCGACGACCGAAGUCUCGAAAUCAAAUCUGAGGAUGCAUCUGCUAGCCAGAAGCAAGGCCAGGCUCUUGUGACCACUUCGAGCAAUUUCAUGGCUUUCUCGCACGGUCGGCAUGCUUGUCCAGGUCGUUUCUUUGCCGCACAGCAACUGAAGCUUGUCCUUGCAUAUAUUGCUAUGAAUUACGAGAUCGAGCCUGUUGCCCAACGUCCAGCAAACCACUGGUUUGUGGGAAGCUCAGGACCUCCGCUCGAGACAACAAUCAGGAUUCGACGCCGCGAGAGUACUGUUUGA